AUGUCACCAUCAACACUUAAAUCGAAUAUAAUCGAAUUAAAAUCAUUAAAUCAAUUAAACCAAAUCAUCAAUUCAACCACCCAAUUAAUCAUCAUAGAUUUUCAUGCAAAAUGGUGUCCACCAUGUCACGCAAUCGCACCCUUUUACGAAGAUCUAUCUAAAACUCAUUCAUCUUUAACUUUUACAAAAUGUGAUGUAGACGAAUGUAAAUCGAUUUCAGAAACCUACAAGAUCACUGCAAUGCCAACGUUUAUAUUUAUUAAAAAUAAGCAAAAAGUAGACGAAGUUCGGGGAGCCAAUCGAUCAGGGAUUGAAGCUACUAUCAAACGAUAUUCAAAUGAUUCAAGUAAUUCACAUAACUGGGGAAAAGGCAACACAUUAGGAACCUCUACGAAUGUUAAACCGACUUCAAACUUUCAACCUAAGCUUGAAUCUAAUUUGAAUUUCUUGAACCGAUUCUCUUCUCAUCUUAAAUUAGGAAUUGGUUUAUUUUUGGUUUAUUUAAUUAUGAUUUAUUUUCAAUAA